AAUAUACCAAGGCAUCCAUCCGAAAUCUUGAAGUUCAAAUGGGACAACUUGCCCAAAAAGUAAGUUCUAGGGAGCAAGGCAAAUUUCCUACAACCACGGAGAUGAAUCCGAGGGAAAAUGUGAUGGCCAUUACCACAAGGAGUGGUAAGACAACGGAGGAUCCAAAAAUGCCGGAAGAGGAGGAGACCCCGGAAAAGCAAAAAGAAGAUGAGAAUGAGGAGCAUAUGAUGCCACCAUCAAACGUGGCUAAUUAUGUUCCUCCCAUUCCAUAUCCUCAAAGGUUGAAGAAAAAGAAUGAUGGUGCUCAAUAUAGAAAAUUUCUUGAUAUUUUUACUAAAUUGAGCAUCAACAUUCCAUUUGCCGAAGCUAUAGCGGAGAUUCCAUCUUAUGCCAAAUUCUUGAAGGGCAUACUCUCAAAUAAAAAGAAGUUGGCGGAAUUUGCUACCAUUUCCCUUACAGAGGAGUGUAGUGCUAUCCUACAAAACAAACUCCCUCCUAAAUUGAAGGACCCGGGAAGCUUCACGGUGCCAUAUUCUAUCGGAAAGAUUGGAGAGGUAAGAUCCCUUUGUGACCUUGGUGCUAGCAUAAAUCUUAUGCCCUACUCUCUAUUUAAAAAGCUAUGUGUGGGGGAACUCCAACCAACAACGGUCGCCUUACAAUUAGCGGAUAGAACAAUCCGCUAUCCAAUAGGCAUCAUGGAGGAUGUUCUUGUCAAAGUUGGAAAAUUUUACUUCCCGGUAGAUUUUCUUGUUUUGGACAUGGAAGAGAUGGAGAUCCCCGUCAUCCUUGGGAGAUCAUUUUUGGUCACCUCCGCAGCCGUCAUUGAUGUACAAGCGGGUACGGUAAAGCUAAGAGUGGGAGAAGAUGAUGAAACAUUCAAUGUAUGGAAGACACAAUCCACUCCAACUCAAAACAUGGAGGACAACACAAACCGUUUCACACCUCCCAAGGCCAUAAACAUCGUGGACAUCAAGAAGGCACAAAUAUUUGGGCACGAGGAUCCUCCAACACACCCCGAAGACGUACUUGAGAUCACACCAACAAACGACGAAGUUCCCCCGAAACUCUACCCGAUGAAAGGAGGCACAAUGAUCAAAUUCUACCAGAGAAAAGCAUCACAUCUACCGCCUUAAAAGUGGUACGUUCGUCCGGCCUAUGACGUUAAACUAAGCGCUAAUUGGGAGGCAACCCAACAAAAAAAAGAGAAAAAAAAUCAAUUAUAAAUAAAUAUGUUAGUUAUACACAUAAUCAUUUUUGUUUAUAAUUGAAAAAGAAUCAAUUAUGAAUAAAUAUGCUUAUUUACAAAAACAUAUUCGUAUUUAUUUAUAAUUGAUGGAAAAAAUCAAAAAAAAUAAAAAAAAUAAAAAAAAAUAAAAAAAAACAAAAAAAAUCAUCAAUCUCAGCUCAAGUAUCAUGCAUUUCCUACUCUCAAUGACAUCUCAUUCCACUAUUGAAGAUUUCAUCUGGCAUUGCAUUCUCCAAUCUACAUUGAGGACAAUGUAAAUCAAGUGUGGUGGGUGAAUAAUUAGUUGAGAAACUUUACUUUUCAAAUUAAAUUUUUUCUAGGAAGGUUAACAUUUUUGAUAUUCUCUCUUUUAAGGGUUUUGGUUGAGAAAGAUUUUCUUUUACUCACAAAAAUGUAUUUUUGGAUUAAUUAAAAUAUUUCUUAAUCUUGAAACCACCACCUUCACUCAAAUUUGUGACAAUUUUCCAAAUUCAUACAAAUGUGCAUAGAGUGCAAAUUCAAAAUAAAAGUUUCAUCCCAACUCCAAAUCACUCUAUUGUUGGAUUCUCCUCAUUUCUGACAAUCUAGAUAUAUAAUUACGGAGAACAAACAAAAAGAGUUUAUAUACAAAAGAAAAAAAAAACUCAUUUUCUCCUAGAAUAGCCUUCUCUACAAAAUCAAGUUGUCAGUCCACAAGAAAAAAAAAAACACCGACAUACCCACACAUUGCCUAAAUUGUCACAAACUAAACCCAUCUAGUGUUUAAAUAUUUUUCUUAAUCUUAAAUACAUUUAUUGUGAGUAAUAGAAAAAGGUUUUUGGCCCGAGAAAGAUUAAAGAGUUUAUAUCUAAUUUUUAACAUCUUAUUAAACUUUUAAUUUGCAUGGUUUAGUUUCUUUUCUAAUUGUGCAUCAUUACAAAGAAAUUGCUUGAGGACAAGCAAUGCUCAAGUGUGGGGGGAUUUGAUAGCCGUUAUAUUUACUUGUGUUUAACAUAAGUAUUUAUAAGCAUUUGUUGAAGAAAAGAAGAGAAAUUGGGAAAAUAUCUUGAGAAUGAGAGUUAGAGCAUAAACCAUUGCGAUGAAGAGCUUUUUGGACCAAGAGGAUGACGUUCUGCCCAUAAUUCGAGUAUAACUUAUUGUAUAGAACUCGAAAUCACUCGAUUCGAAUUUCAUGUGAAUGUUAACUCAAUAAGGAACAAAAACAAAGUCAGAUGUUGCUGGUGGGAUUUCAGGAUGCAUACCUUUUGUUGAUGGAAUUCGGCCGGAUAUACCUGCAAAAAAUCGUUAGAAAAUAAAAUAGCUCGAUUCGCGUAAACGCUGUCCUCAAGAAAGUAUUUCCGACUAGCGAAAACCUUUCCCCAAGAUAAAACGAGCUCUUCGGCGUAAGCCGGUAACAGAACAACGAGACUGGAAGAAAUUAUUAAUCCAGCAGAUAGAAGUAUCGUGUGAGGGAGUUUUUGGUUCGUAGCUGCUAUCUUCAAAUAUAAACAAGUAGCUGAAUAUAUAUAACAUGCUAUCGACGUACGUUGCACCUUAGGUGAGGCAUGCAUUAGCAUUUAAAGCUCAAGCUAGAAAACGUUUUAUAUAAAAGCAUGAGUUAAAAGCUUAACGUUAAUGUAUUAUAGUUUAUAAUGUUAAUGGACUAUUUAAUACACUUUUAAU